UUGAGUCUGUAGAUUGACUGAUUGACUGACAGAGGCAAAUUAACCUACAAACCCGCACGGGAUGUGGGAAGAAACAAGAUCACCUGGAGGAAACCCACGCAGAUUAUGGGGAGAACGUGUAAACUCCACACAGACAGCACCCGAGGUGCCCAAAUGUCUUUUAAAUAUUAUUAUUGUAUCUGUGUUAAUUACUUUCUCUGCCAGCUCGUUCCAUGUACCCACCACCCUCUAUGAGAACACCUGUCCCUCAUAUCCCUUUUAAAUCUUGCCUCUCUCACCUUAACUGUCUAGUCUAAGACACCCCUACCCUGUGCGAAAGACUGUGCCUUUUCUGUGCCCCUCAAGAUUUUACACAAAUUAUAUACAGUUAUUGGUUAUUCAUUUAUUAUUGUCACGUACCAAGAUACAGUGAAAAAGUUUGUUAAGGGUUCUAUCCAAUCAAAUUAUGAUAGAUAAAUCAAGAACUGCAGAUGCUAGUUGAUACCAAAGAUAGAAACAAAGUGCUGGAGUAACUCAGUGGGUCAGGCAGCAUCUCUGGAGUAAACGGAUGGGUGAUGUGUUGUGUCAUGACCCUUCUUCAGACUGCAGUUUAGUCUGACCCGACCUGAAACGUCACCCAUCCUUUUUCUCACGAGAUGCUGCCUGACCUGCUGAGUUACUCCAGCACUUUGUGCCUAUCAAAUCAUGAUAUACAUGAGUUUAAAUAUACCGUACAUGUGAACAACAGGUACUGCAAAGAGGAAAAUAAACAGUGUAGUAUAUACUGUUGCAGCUAUAGAGACAGUGUGGAUUUUAAAAAUGUGCAUAUCUGCAAUGCGGGAGAUUAAAAGAUUGUGAAUUAAUUGGGACUACACCCUUAGUUUAUGAGAGGAACGUUAAAGAGCCUGAAGACAGUGGGAAAGAAGCUGUUGCUGAAUUUGAUGUGAGGGACCUAAAGUUUCUUCCGAGAUAUCCAGGAAGAUGGGUUCCAUUAAUUUGGAGGACCCAUCCAUUAACGCAAGCUUUUACGGUGAGGAAUAUAACUACACUGACAUGGACUUCUCUCCCUACCUUCCCUGUGUAAAGGAGGAAGUCAAAGCCUUUGGAAAGAUUUUCCUCCCGGUCCUGUACAUUACGGUAUUUAUUUUUGGGAUGUUGGGCAACAGCUUCCUCGUCCUCAUGAUCGUCAAGUAUCUCAAGCUGAAAACGAUGACCGACAUCUAUCUGCUGAAUUUGGCCAUUUCCGACCUUUUAUUCGCUGUCUCCCUUCCUUUCUGGGCCAUGUAUUUGACCUCAGAGUGGCUCUUUGGAAACGCCAUGUGUAAAAUAAUAAGCGCCGUCUACACCGUGAAUUUCUACAGCGGUAUCUUCUUCAUAGCUUGCAUGAGCAUGGACAUGUAUCUGCAAAUUGUCCACACCAUGUCCAUGAAGAACUACAGAACAAUUCGCAAGAGCAUCAUCAUCAGCGCUGUGGUCUGGACCUUGGCAAUGAUGCUCACGAUUCCUGAAUUCAUCUUCAGCCAGUCCAGGAAAGUCGGCGAUAGGUACACCUGCCUCAGUCAUUAUGGCAGCGACCAACUAGUCUUCUGGAAGAUAACAAUCCAACUCCAGAUCAACAUCAUUGCUUUUAUCAUUCCCUUCUUUGCCAUGAUUUUCUUUUAUACCAGGAUUGCGUCUGUCCUCCUCAAGUCCAGGUCGUUCAGCAAGGACAAAGCCUUGAAACUGGUUGUCAUGUUGGUCACCGUGUUCUUUGUGUUGUGGUUCCCUUACAACAUUGUCCUUUUGUUGCACUCCCUGGAGGAUAUCGGUGUGAUCGGUGGCUGCGAGGUGAGCAAGAGGCUGGAUUACGCUCUACAGGUGACGGAGUCCAUUGCCUUCACUCACUGCUGCUUCAACCCGCUCCUCUAUGCUUUCGUGAAUGAAAGGUUCAGGAGGCACCUGAAGAGUAUGCUAAUGAAGAUCUCCAAGAAGACCGGUUGCUACAAGGACCUGGGAAUCGUUGUGGCCACUGCUCCAGAGCAAAGUGAACUCAGCAAGCAGCAGUACUGCGUGUGCUCUGAUGUGGAAAUGACUGUGGUGUAGGCAUGACUUGCAGACACGUAAAACAUAGAACAGUACAGCACAAGAACAGGCCCUUCGGCCCACAAUGUCAUGUAGGAUCAUAUAGGACCAGCAUUAAGCCAUUCGACCCAUCAAGUCUACAUCAACGUUCAAUGAUGUCUAUUUUUCCCUCUCAACCCCAUUCUCCUGCCUUCUCCCCAUGUCCCCUGAUACCCACACUAAUUAUAUCUGCCUCCACCACCAACCCUGGCAGUGUGAUUCAGGCACCCACCAUAAUCCAUGUAAAUAAGUCGCCCCAUACAUCUCUCUGAGUGAUCCCCGCACACAGUGUUGAGCGGAAGUCAUUCUUCCUUUCUUAGAAACAGAUGUUGAAUUGGAUCUUCACGUCCGAAGAUACUUCAACUUGCCAGCGUGUACAGAGCGCUUGUGAACUAACGAUAUACAUCGUAAAUAUAUUGUUCUACUAUCAGCCAAAGGGACUAAGCUUUUUUUAUAGAACCUGUUAAGCUUCCCCUUCCAAAACACUUACAUUCACAACAUUGACAUGCCCACGAAUAACUCCAUGUCUCUGGUGUCUCCAAUCUCAUCACUUCAUUCUUUCCCAGAUGAGUCCGACUGAACCAUGGAAUCAUUGAAAUGUUAUGGCAUAGAAUCUGCCCACAGUGUAUGGUGGCACCUACAAGGUCGUUCUCAUCGUCCCAUUCUCACACACCCUUCCCAUGACCCAGCAGAUCACCUAUUUCUCAAGUGGACACAAGGUGCUGGAGUAAUCCAGCAGGUCAGGCAGUAACUUUAGUUUUAGUUUAGUUUAGAGAUACUGUGCAGAAACAGGCCCUUCGGCACAUCGAGUCGGCACAUACCAGUGAUCCCCGCACACUAACACUAUCCUACACACACGAGGGACAGUUUACAAUUAUACCAAAGCCAAUUAACCUACAAACUUGUAUGUCUUCGGAGUGUGGGAGGAAACUGGAGCACCUGGAAAAAACCCUCGCGGUCACAGGGAGAACGUACAAACUCCGUGCAGACAGCACCCAUGGUCAGGAUCGAACCUGGGUCACUAAUGCAAUAAGGCAGCAACUCUACCACUGUGCCACUGUGCCCCUCUUCUCUGGAGAGCAUGUGUAAGAGGACAAUUUGGAAAAUAAUUGUGGGACUGCUCAGAGUCAGCAGGGAUUUGUAAAAUUAACAUUAUGUUUGGUAAAUCUGUUGGGAUUAUUCAGAGUAACUAAUAAUAGUUAAGGGGGAAACCAGUUAAUGUGGUGUAUUGUCACCUAGGUAAGACCUUUCAUAAGCUUUAGACUUUAGAGGUACAGCGUGGAAACAGACCCUUCAGCCCACCAAGUCCGCACUGACCAGCGAUCACCCCUUACACUAGCACUAUCCUACACACAUGGGACAAUUUACAGAAACCAAUUCACCUACAAACCUGCACGUCUUUGGACGUUAGGAGGACAAUGGAGCACCUGGAAAAAACCCACGCGGUUACAGGGAGAACGUACCAACUCCGCACCGACAGCAGGAUUGAACCCGGGUCUCAGGUGCUGUAAGGCAUCAACUAUCGUUACGUCUCUGUGCCGCCACACUAGAUAUUAACAAACAAUAUUAGAGCACAAGGUAUUUAUAUAUGGAUGUGGAUUGAGGAUUGAACUAUAGACAGAGGACACAUAGAGACGAGUCAUUCUCAGAUCAAGAAAACAUUAGUAAUCUGAUGCCACAGGGAUCCGAGCAGGAGCUGAUCUAUAUUAAUGAUUUGGAAGAGAGGACCAAGUGUAAUAUCUCCACGUUUUCUGGUGAUGCAAAACUAUGGAGCAAUAAGGGCUGUGAGAAGCAGCUUCAAGGGAAGGUACACAGAUUAAGAGAGUGGGCAAGAUGGACCGAAAUGUAGAAACAUUGCGAGGUCAUCCAUUUCGGUAGAAAAAUAGACGGAAUUCUAUUUUAAACUGGUGAGAUACUGAAAGAUAGACGCAAGGAACUGCAGGUGCUGGAAUGUGGCGUUAAACACAAGCACUUGGUGGCACAAUGGCGUAGUGGAAGAGUUGCUGCCUUACAGCGCCAGAGACCCGGGUUCGAUACUCAGUACAGGUGCUGCCUGUACGGAGUUUGUAUGUUCUCUCUGUUACUGUAUUGGUUUAUCUCUGGGUGGUCCGGUUUCUUCCUACACUCUAAAGACAUACAGGUUUGUAGGUUAAUUGGCUUCUGUAAGUAGUUCAGAGUGUACAGUAGACCUAUUGUAUGGGCGAUCGCUAGUUUUACAUGGACUUGGCGGGCCAAAGUGCCUGCUUCCAUGAUGUAUCUCUAAACUAAAC